AUGGAGGAAAGGAAAGAUAUAUGUUCGAAUUUCAUAAUCUCUAAAAUGUUUUACCUGUGCUGUUUAUUUUAUUUUGGUACAUACGUUUUUCAGAUGGCUUAUGUAUAUGCAAAAAAAUUAGAUUACAUAAUGUUUUGCACGCUAUUAAUUGCUACAGUGUUAUCGUUAUUUUUAUCAUCCAGUGGAUUGAUGUACUUUUGUGUUUUUCUAGUUUUUAUUACAUCAUUGGUAGAAAUUCAUGAAUAUACAAAUUCGAUACUUGUACCUUUAAUGGAUGAUGAGUUUACUAAAGUCUUUUUAAUGAUGCGAUUAUUUGCUACAAUUGAUUUCAUUAUAUUUUAUUAUCUGCAUAUAAAAAACAUUAAGAAAAAAAAAAAGGAAAAAUUAAAUGCGGUUAAAGCACAAAUUACAAAAUUACAAACAUGUGAAAUGGGUUCAUCUAAGGAUGGUGCAUCAUUAAAACAGAAAACUUUACCCAUAAGUAGUAACCUUCCGAAUCAAGAACAUACAACUCAAGCCAAUAAAGGUAGUAAUAUACAACACAAAAAACAAUCGACUAAAACUAUAGAGGGGUAUGUUUUAAAAAAAAUGUCCAUUCCAAUAAUUCAGAAAGAUGAUGAAAGAAAUAUAAUUGUGAAUCCUUCCAUUAUUUAUGAUGUACAAUCUUAUGUGCCUUUUAACCACUACAACAUUAAACCUGAUCAUAAUGUAAAUAUCCAAGGGAGUAAUCAAACGCUGAAGAAUAAUAUACCCCUAGAUGAUAACAUUGAUUAUAAUAAUGCCAAUAAUGUAAAUAUGUAUAACAAGCAGUAUUCCUAUCCGUGGGCCAACUCUUCCAACUAUCUUUCACAUAAUUAUAAUGCUAAUAUAGGAAGAAACGACGUAUAUGUAUCUACUGAAGGUCCGAAUAAUGGCAAAAUUUUAUAUGGAAAUGCAACGAACUGCCCUUGCUGUAAUGGCAAUUUGGCAUACCACGACCCGAAUAAAUUACCCACCCAAAAUAGUUCAUAUCAAAUGGGGUAA